GCGACGGGCCAAUGGGAAGGGGAGGAGCCGGGGCGGGGCGAAGUGAAUUUUCUGGAAAGGGGAUUUAAAGGCGCUGCCGAGGCUGCGGGCCCCGCUCGGUGCUGGAGUCGCUGCCGCCGCCGGGGUCAGGGGUCACGGCCCGGCCUGCAGGAUGAACCACAAGAGCAAGAAGCGGAUCCGGGAGGCGAAGCGCAGCGCCCGGCCCGAGCUGAAGGACUCGUUGGACUGGACCCGGCACAACUACUGCGACAGCUUCCCGCUCAACCCGGCCGCCGUGGCGGACAACGUGGAGCGGGCGGAUGCGCUGCAGCUGUCGGUACAGGAGUUUGUGGAGCGGUACGAGAGGCCCUACAAGCCCGUGGUCCUGCUCAACGCCCAGGUCGGCUGGUCCGCCCAGGAGAAAUGGACGCUGGAGCGGCUGAAGCGCAAGUACCGCAACCAGAAGUUCAAGUGCGGCGAGGACAACGACGGGUACUCGGUGAAGAUGAAGAUGAAAUACUACAUCGAGUACAUGGAGAGCACGCGUGACGACAGCCCCCUCUAUAUCUUCGACAGCAGCUACGGCGAGCACCCCAAGAGGCGGAAACUUCUGGAGGACUACAAGGUGCCCAAGUUUUUCACCGACGACCUGUUCCAGUAUGCCGGGGAGAAACGCAGACCGCCCUACAGAUGGUUUGUGAUGGGGCCGCCCCGAUCAGGCACAGGGAUCCACAUCGACCCCUUGGGGACCAGCGCGUGGAAUGCCCUGGUCCAGGGCCAUAAGCGCUGGUGCCUCUUCCCGACCAGCACCCCCCGGGAGCUCAUCAAGGUCACGCGGGACGAGGGCGGGAACCAGCAGGACGAGGCCAUCACGUGGUUCAGCACCAUCUACCCCCGGACGCAGCUGGGGACGUGGCCCGCCGAGUUCCGGCCCCUGGAGAUCCUGCAGAAACCGGGGGAGACGGUGUUCGUGCCAGGGGGCUGGUGGCACGUGGUCCUCAAUCUCGACACGACCAUCGCCAUCACCCAGAACUUUGCCAGCAGCACCAACUUCCCCGUCGUGUGGCACAAAACCGUGAGGGGGAGGCCAAAGCUGUCCCGGAAGUGGUACAGGAUCUUAAAACAGGAACACCCCGAGCUGGCCGUGCUGGCCGACUCGGUUGACCUCCAGGAAUCCACGGGCAUAGCGUCCGACAGCUCCAGCGACUCCUCCAGCUCCUCCAGUUCCAGCUCCUCAGACUCUGACUCGGAGGGCGAGUCCGGCUCUGAGGCCGACGGGACGAUGCACCGGCGGAAGAAGAGGAGGACCUGCAGCCUGGUAGGCAACGGAGAUACGACCUCCCAGGACGAUUGUGUCAGCAAAGAGCGCAGCUCCUCCAGGAUUAGGGACACUUGUGGAGGUCGUGCCCACCCCUGAUAAGGGUCAGGGCUCAUCUAGAUGGGACAUCAGUGUGAGCGGUGAUAGCAGUUCCCCGGGCCCUGACUUCACCACCUCCUCCUCCUCCUCCUCAACCUCCCCUGAAUGCGGACAGCGGCCCCCUCCCUGGCCGGAGGCUCCUCCCUCUUCCCCGCCACCAACUGCCAGAGGGUGAGCACCCGCUUGGUUAGCCGGGCAGGCAGGUGGACGGGAGCCCCGCCGAGAGACGACCGAGAGAGUCCCCAGAAGACAGCCUGGCAUCCGGGGAGAAAACACCGGGCUCUCGUUUGCCGGAAAGCCAACCACAGAAUCGGUCCAGAAUAGACGAUUGGUGGCCCUCCCCGCCACCUUGGCUUGGCUCCAUCCUUGACCCGCCACCGAUGCCUGGGGAAGGACCUUUUUAGCUAGCCACGGGCAACCGCUUGGCGACUUACCUCAUGAGAAAAAAGGUUUUCUUCAGUAGAAGGGCCACCGGAUGUUCUUCCCGAAACUUUGGGGCAUUGCCAAAUGAACCACGAUGUUCACAGGGCGAGUGGCUAGAUGUCUUGGCCACCACAGGCCCCCGGGAACUUCCGGAUGGAAUCAGGCGGUCGAGUGUCACCGUUCUCCAGAAGCGGUAGAGAAGGCGACGCGUCCAUCUGCCAAAACUGGAUGAACUCGUUAUCGGGAACCGGCACUGCGGCAAAAAAUCUGCUGCUUUCUUCUCUUUUCUAGCCAACCCAGGACUCCUCUCCAGCCUUGGGGGGUGGUUCGCCAGGCCCUGCCACUGAUAUGGGGGCCCCCAUCCUUUGGGGCUUCCAGUAAUUUGGGGGUACGUAUUCCACCUUGACACAGAUUUGUCCGGGCUCCAUCUCACCUGGGUCAGUUUGCUUGCCAGAAAUUGCUCAAGCUGUUGGCACACAUGGAUCACGGUGAGAGGAAGGGCGGUGGCUGGGGAGGAACCAGGAACCGGGCUGGGAGGCCCCUGUGCGUUUGAAUGUAACGGGCUAAUUGUUGUCGGUGGUAGAGUGGAGGAGUUUGUGUAUGCAUGUAUCUGCAGCUUUGUGUCUGCAGUUUUUUGGUGUGGGUUGUGGUUUAAGUCAGUGUUUCUAUGGGGUCCCAGGAAAUACAGGGUGCAGAAGGUAGGUGUUCCACAGUGAUUCAUUUUGGUCAGACGGACGGAGCUACUGGAUACCCUGGCCUUGUUCCCAGUUCCCUUUAGACUGUCAGGUCAUUGUGAUCAGGGGACCCGUCUAACAAGGCUGUUGUAGAGGACUCUCCCAAGCGCUUAAUCCAUUGCUCUGCCCAUAGUAAGCGCUCAAUAAAUAAGUUUGAUGAAGAGGCCGGUUCCCUACUGUUGCACUGUGCCCGCCCUUGGGGCAACAAAGCCAAAUGGAAUUGGAGAGGGUACAAAGACAGGGUGUAAAGGAGAGGGGAGGAGAGACUGGCCGAGGACUAGAUUUCAGGCUGAGGGACAGAGAGAAAGGAAAGAGACGUGGACAGGGUGAGCGGGGAAUUGUGGCUUGGUGAUCCAGGUGGACGUCACCGGCCACCUGAAGCUGAGAAGCAGUGUGGUCUAUUGGAUAGAACCCGGGCCUGGGAGUCGGAAGGA